AUGUUGGUGUCUAACGAUGCGGUUCUGGUGGCCACCAGCAUCGUGCUGGCUGUGUCGACCAUCGUGUCAGUGACGGUACAAUUGGAAAGACAGUACAAGACCGUCGGCGCACUGAAUGCUAGCAAAUGUGAGAAUGAUCUUGACUAA